AUGACGCACAUGAUGAAGGAACAGGCAUUAGAUUCUGUCUCGUCCGUCCGUCUCUCGGCGUCCGUCUGCUGCUGCGGCUUCCGCGACCACAAGUACCGCUGCGACGACCCUAGCUUCUUCCCCUACGAGCACAGCUACAUGUGGUGGCUCGGUAUUGGUGCUCUCGUGGACCUGUCCAUAGCAGCAGUGGUCCCCCCGGCCUUCAUUGUCACCGCCUGUGUGCUUUGUUACCUAUUCAUCAGCUCAAAACCCUACACAAAGUUGGACCCAGGAUUAAGCUUACAGACUACAGACCCUGACGAGGUACUGCCUGACCGCCAAGGUGGGAACAUGGGCAAUUCAGUGGAAGUGCCAGGAGUGAGCCCUCUCGGGCAGAGUCACCUCCUGAACCCAUGGCCGGUCUGCAAUGAAGAGCAGGCUGUGGACCCCAAACGCCUCCUCCAGCACUGCUUCAUGGCUACAGUGAAGGCCGGUGACAUUCCGGGCAGCCCUGAGGAGGCCCCCGUCCCCAAUCUAGACCCAGCUCCAAAAACACCUAAUAAAUGUCUCUACACCAUCCUCUUCUGGAUUCUCUCUUCUUGGUAA